AUGAGUUUGUUUGUUGCUGGACUGUCUCGAUUGUCGAGUAAACAAGGUAGGGUUGCAAUGCUUAUUGGGGACAUGGACAUAUCAAGGUUGAUGGUCUAUGUGCAGCAAGUUAAGGAAGAAAAGCUAAGGGACAGAGAAAAGAAAAGGGGACCUGUUCCAUCAUCUGCUAGUGCACCUGCACCCAGAUAUAAAAGAGAGUUCACUGGACAGAAUUCGCAGAACUUCAGAGUUGGACCUGCACAGUCUCAGAAUAGUGUGGCACAAGGACGUAACCAGGUUCUUGCAUGUGCUAGGUGUGGUAGAGUUCAUCCAGGGAAGUGUCGUCAAGGCCAAACGGGUUGCUUUAAGUGUGGACAAGAGGAUCACUUCAUGAAGGAGUGCCCAAAGAAUAAGCAAGUUGGCCUGCAUCUUAUGACGAUGGAGACACAGGUAUCCAGGGUCAGCAUUCAGUACACCGUUAAUCCAGCUGAGCACUCCAGAGAAUACCAUAAGAGCAAUGAAGCUUAUCACAAGGAAGUAGCUGAUGGAAACUCUGAAGAAGAGGAAUAUUACAAGUCACUGUCAAGGUUGAUGAGGAAGACGGGGAUGAUGAUUCAAGAAGCUUUUAAUGAAUGA